CUUAAUAGUGAAAGGGAGUAACCAAAUUACUGCCAAAACUUAUUAUAGACAUUUAUUAUUUCAUUUGGAUGCAAGUCAAGUAGAGGCUCUAAGCUUUUUAGCUAACCUGGAUAAUUUAAAAAGCAUUACGUUUUUUACACGUGUUGGAGAGAAUAUCACUGUUAGCCAAUCAUUUUUAGAAUUAAUUGUCUCAAGAUUUCAGUUUUUGCGGUUAUUAAAUUUACAUCAUUUAGCUAUUGAAGCAGUGCCUAAAAGAAUUGGUAAUCUGAAGCAUUUGAGAUAUUUGAGUCUAUCAUUUAACCCGAAAAUAAAAAAACUCCCAAGUUCGAUUUACAAGCUACAAAGUUUACAAUUUUUAUCACUGUAUGGUUGCGAGAAACUAGAAGAAUUAAGCACUGAUGUUAAGCACUUAAUUAGUCUCAGACUCUUAGCUUUAACCACAGUGCAAAAGCAUCUACCAAAUAAUGGAAUUGGCUGCUUGAAUUCUCUUCAAUUUUUAGUCAUUCACAAUUGUAGCAAAUUAAAAUAUUUGUGUGAAGAUUUUGGUCGCCUGAGAACCCUUCGAAGACUACUCAUUUCUCAAUGUCCAAGUCUUAUCUCAUUACCACGUAGUAUAAGAAGCCUAAGCUCAUUAGAAGAUCUUCGUUUGAUAGAUUGUGUAAGGCUUAAUCUAGAUUUGAGCAUAGGAUCAGAUGAGCAACACAAUCAUGAAGAACUCAAUAGCACAGGGCCUCCCCUUCGAUUGCUUCAAAUUGAUAAUUUACCACAAUUGGUGAAAUUGCCGCAAUGGCUUCUUCGCUGUUUGACAAACACGCUGCAAACCUUGCGUAUUGGUAAUUGUUCCAACUUGAAGGCACUACCAGAGUCAAUGCAAAAACUUCAAGCUCUUCGGGUUUGGAAUUGUCCUGAAUUGUCAUCUCUACCCAAGGAUAUCAAUCAUCUCAUCGCUUUGAGAGAACUAAUAAUUAAAGACUGCCCUAAACUGACGGAAAGAUGCAAACCAGAAGGAGGUGAAGAUUGGCCCAAGAUUGCUCAUAUCCAGAAGAUUGAACUUGAUGGAGAGGUUAUCAAGUCAACCGAAAAUUAGGGGAAACUUGAAUCAAAUGUAUGAGUUUUUAAUCUCAUAAAUUCUUCAAUUUCCAUGAAUUAUGAACCCUAAUUCAACCAAUUGACUGGAGGAUUUAUCCAUUUUACUUCUUCUAUGUAUUAAGCAUUGGUGUUCGAUCUACACCUUCAUGUUUUUUCAGGAAUCAAAGAUUGUUGAGAUUACGCCAAAUGGUUCAGAAUUUCGGUGUUUACAAAUAUAAUUCCAAUAAUGUUUUGUGCAAAUGAACAAUUAGUACACUCUAAGUUUAUUCCAAUAAAGUUUCAGAUUUUAUUGGAAUUCUGUUCUGCCAAAGAGUAGAUUACAGGGUGUUGGUGUUUGAGAUGCAAAACAACAUCUUUGAUUUUUAUGGAUUCACAAGUGCAGCAAUUUAGAAUAUUUGUGUGAAGAUUUUGGUCGCCUGAGAGCCCUUCGAAGACUUUGGAUUUUUGCAUGCCCAAGUAUGAUCUCAUUACCACGUGGUGUAAGAAACUUAAGCUCCUUAGAAAAACUUUGGUUUAAAGAUUGUGGAAGGCCUAAUCUUGAUUUGAGCACAGGAUCAGAUAAGCAAGACACAGGACCUCCUCUUCGAUUAGUCCAAAUCCAUGAUUUACCAAAACUGGUGAUGACUUCUUCUGUGUUCGACAAACACUUUGGGAGAAUUAUUCAUUGAUGGCAGUCCAGAAUUGUCAUCUCUACCAGAGGAUAUGAAUCAUCUGAACUCUUUGAGAGAAUUGGUCCAAGAUUGCUCAUAUCCCAAACAUUCAACUUGACGAAGAGAUUAUCAAGUCAACCGAAAAUUAGUUAUGACCGGAAAACUUGAAUCAGAUGUGAGGGGUUAUUCAUUUUAGUUCUUCAAUGUAUUAAGCAUUGAUGUGGGAUCUAUCGUCUCCAAGUUUUUCAGGACUCAUGGAGAUUCGGCAGAAUGGGGCACUUAGUAAAGCAUAUAUUCCUCCAUAGUUAACAAUUAUGGUUCAGCCUUUACCAGUGAAUAUAACUUCUCAUGAUGUGAUUUGUUUAAAUAAAUAUUUGUGAAUGUACAGAGUUUCAUGUUUAUGUUUUAAUUGUUUUAUGGCAACACAUAUUUAUUCCAAUAAAGUUUCAGAUUUUAUUUCUAUUUAUGUUUCGAUUAUCACAGUUUUUUUUUCUUUUUAAUUUUCUCUUCCUCCUUGACGUCAUCAUCUCAAGAUUUGAAAUAUAGUUUUUGCAUAUUCAUCUUUCUUGGAAAGAUAUAUGAUAUUUAAAACUCUUUGGUUAAAUUUUUGAGCUUUGCAGACCCUUGAACAUGAAAUUCUAAAAGAUAACUUGAAGUCAAACAUUGUUUUUAUUGUAUGUGUUGAUUAAAGAAAGAAACCAGCUCAGGGAUCCAUAAUAUCUUAGUUUUAAUAUCUGGGAUCCUAAAUUCUCUUCUUAAAAGGAGAAAAAAAAAAAUAGUUGUUGAAAUUCUGUUCUGCGAAGGAAUAGAUUACAGGGUGUUAUAAUAUUUGUGAUGCAAAACAAUGUCUUUAUUAUUGCCAGUAAUGUCCUUGGAUUGAGCUGUCUUCAGAGAAACUUGGCCUAUAAUAAGAGUGCUCCACACUGUAAGCUGCUUCUUUUUCCGGUGUUUGAUUUUUUUUCUAUCAUUUGGCGUACUGCAAUAUUUCCUUUCUUAGCUGAUUCAUUCGAUACUGAUCAAUCUUCCUUUCCCUCUGGAUAUCUUAGAAAUGUUGUGAUCAAUGUUAGCAUGCCAUCUGACAUCGAAGAAUAUAAAAGUUUACAGACAAUGUUUCUUGGAAACAAUGGCCUAUCAGGAACCAUUCCUCAGCAAAAGGCUGUAUAUCUUAAAAACAUGUAUCUAGUGACCUCAAACAUCAGUAUUCACCCUGGAUUGAAUUGUCUGCAGAGAAACUUCCCCUGCAAUAAGAGUGCUACAUGCUAUUCAAGUUUCGCAAUCUAUUGUGGUGGGGAAGAAAUGAAAGUUGAUAGCAUGGUGUAUAAGGCUGAUAACAAUGAUAUUGAUGGAGCUUCUUCCAAUCUACUUGAUGCAGAAAAAGGAGCAAUUACUGAUGCCAAUUUGUUUUCUGAUAGACAACAACAGAUUCAACACACAUGUUCAAAAUACUAGCUCACAAGUGACUGGCACUGCAGCCCCAAAGCUUUAUCAGUCUUCAAGGCAAUCCCCUGGAUCACUUCGAUAUUAUGGACUUUAGUCUGGAGAAUAAACCUUACAAUGUAGGCUUGUCCUUUGUUGAGGCAACUUUUUGGUAAUCAAAGCUCACGACAAAGAUAUGUCUUGGAAGGCAUGCUAUUUAUAUCUAUGUUCAGGGAACUCUCCAGUUAGAAAAAUUUUGGUAUAUCAAAAGAAGCAGAUGGAAAUAGGAAAGCAGUGACAAAGAAAUGUAAUGUUAAUGUAUCUAAGAACUAUCUUGAAAUCCACCUUUCUGGGUUGGCAAAGGGACUUUGUUGCCUACCUACAGGAUCAGAGGUUGUUUGCUGAGGUUGAAUGGAUUCUGCGUCUGCUUCAGCUACUGGAUACCUGGGAAUAUGGUCAUUUGCGUGUAAUGAAUUUGUAAUGACAGUAUAAUUGUAAGCAAAGGAAAGCUAUAAUGAACUAUUAUAUUUAAAUGAGUAAUGUUGCUUUAUUGAAUGAA